CCAUGAUUGUGUCCCUCCCACUGACAAACGCCGCUCCAAGUCAGCCGGUGGCAUUGAGUUCAUGAAGAUCCUCAGUUCCUGCCUGCACUGCCACCAAUGAUGCGCUCUUCUCUCUACCUCCUGACUUUCUUCUACCUGCGCUCCAGGGCGACAGCUGAGUGGUGUUACCAGAGCCAGAGCUGUGAUGACACAUGCAAAGACCCAAGCCGCUGGGCAGCUCUGUUUCCCAGAUGUGGAGGAUUACGCCAGUCGCCAAUUAACAUUGUGACCAAUAGAGUACAUUUCAACAGCGCCCUGCCUCCCUUCAGCUUCAUCGGCCACACCGACUUAAUCAACAUUACAGUAGAGAAUAAGGGCCACUCUGCUCACUUUGCGUUACCACAGUCAGUGCGGCUGACAGGAGGAGCUCUGCCGGGUCACUACAGAGCGGCCCAGUUUCACUUCCACUGGGGAGCGAGCGGGAGACCGGGAUCCGAGCACACCAUUGAUGGAGAAAGAUUUCCGGUGGAGCUGCACAUAGUCCACAUUAAAGAGCCGUACAGCUCUCUGGAAGAGGCCGAACACGAUAUGGCCGGCAUAGCUCUGCUCGCCUUCCUCUUUGAGGAAACAAUGGAGGAUCAUCCUCAUCUAGACACAAUAAUUGCUGCUUUGGGUCGAGUACAAAAUAAUGGCAGCAGCACAGGGAUCCCAAACUUUAGACUGAGUAACAUCAUCCCGGCAGCCGAUGAGCUUCACAGUUACUACCGCUACGUGGGUUCCAUGACAACUCCAGGAUGUGAGCAGGCGGUAGCAUGGACAGUGUUUCAUAGGAUGCUGCCAAUCAGCAGUCAACAGCUGGAUGCCAUAGUUAAACAGUGCCGAUUUUGGACAGGACAGCCCAUGACAAACAUCUUCCGACCCACGCAGCCUCUGGAUGGCAGAGUAGUAUUCAGCUCCAAGUCGGGCACAGCUCAGAAGAGUGCGAUCCAUACAUGGUUCAGUAUUUUCUCAGUCCUGAUCAUGCAAACAAUCCUGAUACAUAUUAUUUAGAGCAUAUAUUGCCAUGGCUUCAGAAACAAAAGGAGCUGUGGUUCAGUAGGACCACGGUUACCUGGAGUCCCCAGUCAGAGGUGAAAAUUUAAAUUAUUUUAAAGUAUAAAGUGCCCUACAAAUGUCUCAAGUUUUUACAGCCUAAUCAGUUUUAAGCAAAGAUUGCUAUGAUGAGUUUUUCUGUUUCCUGACUGUGCCACUACCUUUGAGCAAGGGGAUGGUGUGCGUUCAUUUUCAUUUCUUCAAAUAAAAGGACCACAUUUUAUUUAGAUUUUUAGAUAUAUAAACACCAAGUUCUUACAAAAAAAAAAAAAGAGUAUGCAAAUUUCCUUCAAUAGAACAAUUCGAAUUUAUGCAAAAUGGCAUCAACAUAUAACAUUCUCCGUGACCUUUUUCCAAAAACGUCAUUAUUUUAAACACAAAAUUUAUUUCACUAUAUACUGUUCGUUUAUGGACAUUCUAUGCAAAUAUGGCAUAAAAACACAAAGUAAAUCCUUGCUGUGCUUG